AUGAUGGCUGUGAUGUCGCCCAGCAAUGGUCCUCACUUCUCUGCAUCUCAUCUCACUCAUCAGAGCGUUUUCAGCCUCAGUUGCCUUCCUUUCCCCUUUCCUGAUCGCACACAGGCUGUACUCAUUCUUUCUGCCCCACAAGUGUCAUGCCUUCUCAAGAACUGUCACUUGCUGGACUUGUCGCAUCCAGUGAUGUGAGGGGAAUUCUCAGCUUAGUAUAGUCACAUGAUGGAUAAGAAAUACAGAUUAAGAAUUCCUCAAUGACAUAUAUCUCACGUGAAGGAUGCAUAUGCAGAGAUCCUCAGCAAUAAAUCACUGGGUUAUACAAGAUCUUUCCCAAAGUAA